AUGCUGAUCUCUGAUUCCGAGGCUCGGCAGCGGGAACAGCAAUCACCAACACGCCGGAAGAAGCGCCGCCUCACGGUGGAGAACGACCAACCAGAUACAGCAGGGAAUGCUGAGACAUUUCCGAGUACAGAGCCGACAACCAUGGAUAGAGAACUGCUUAGUGUGGAUGCAGGGAUGGCCAGCGGGACGGCAACACGACCCUCCUAUGACGAUGCUCUAGAGACAGCGGAGGAGUCCGAUCGACGUCCACAGAAUACUGGGGAGGCUAUGGCACCUACAACGUACGACAACUAUGGGACGCUGGAGGACUGGUCACAAGACUCACCCAGUGGGGAACAGAUGAUUCUGCACGCGGCGGCGCCCGAGUGGGAAAACACGUUCCCCUGCCCUAAGUGGCAGAAGGCGCCGGCGGGCCCCGCUGAAUACCGCGCAGUCCGGCGCCGAGCGCUCCGGUCCAGAGCGGCCAUCGGCCCAGCGCCGGCCCUUAUAUGUCGAGCAAGGCCGAACGAUCCGCGCAGCGUGGGAAGCCCGCGGCGAGCCGCACAUUCCCAGUGCAGCCCGGCACCUGGCGACCACCUGGUUGCACGCUGCGCCUCGGCGCGCACCGCCGCCGGUAUUCCGGCAGAGUCUGCAUCCCCAGAGGCCGUGCCGCGCGCGCCGUACACACGGCACGCGGACAAAGCCGGCGAACGGCUGCUAGCCGAGGCGGCGCACGUCCGCGCCGCGGCUGCUGUUUAA